AUGGCUGUUCAAGCGGGUCCCGCUGAUCGGCUUUUGGCGUGGGGGGAACGCGAAGUGUACCCGCACCGACUAGCCACGCUCCGACGUAUCGCUGAUGACUACGACAGCGAUGUCAGGGGCCGCGCUCACUGCCUAAAGAGGCUUGUUGAGUGCUCGACGGCUCAAUCGGUCGAAGCGUAUGAUCCAGCGAUAUCUCACGACCGUCGAGUCGACAUAGAGUGCUACGUCGACUCUUCACCCCUCCGCCCCAACCCGACUGGUGUACCGGUCAACCGCUGGUAUCUUAUUCAUAUCCUACCGUUUGCUAUCAAGGAUCGGAAGGACACCCUCAUGUUUCAGGAUCCUGGAUAA